UUUUUUUCCUCUACAGUGAUCUAUAUAAGAACUUUGUUUUUUAGAUAUAAAUUUAAUUAUCGAUUUAAUUUCUAUGUUGGUUUAAAAUAUACAUGUGAUUUGAGUAAAAACAUUUGAAAAUAUGAAGCAGAUUAUUUUGAUCGUCAGCUCAAUAUUCAUUGCAUUUGUUUAUGGUCAAAAUACAAUAUUGAAAACACAGAGUAUACCUCACUCCAACUUGCUCUACAAUGAUGUGAAAAAAUUACUUGGAAACUGUUUUCUGAACCAUACGAAUCCUAUAAUAUCUGAUAAACAAUUCAGUGACAUCUUACAUGACACCUUAGAGGAAUCAGAGUUAUCACCAUCAGUUAUACUGAUCAAUGAAGAUUUCCAAUCAAAACCGCCCUGACCCCUAUUUCUACCGACAUACCCCAGCUAUAUAUUGUCGGGAGAUUCGCCGCAGAAACUGAAAUCUAUUCUCAAACAAUUAAAGUCAUCACAAUGGUGGAGUAUAGAAUCCAUUUGCAUGGCUGUCGAUCUUGGAACAAACUCGUGCGAAAAUGCCCAAACAUCUCUUCAAGUUUUAUGGGAAAUGAAUUUGUUAUCUUCAUUUUACGUGUGUAUCAAAAAUGAUUUGAUGAUUUACAUGUUCAACCCUUUCACUAAUAGAGCACCGAAACCAUGGACAGAAGUGAAAAUUGGGAACAAAGAAUCCGAUGAUCCCUGGACACUUUACAGUCAACCGUACUCGGAAGAUCAAGAAUUCCGUGAAAGCUUGUUUUUCGACAAAACAAAGAAACUUGACGGCUACAAAAUAAAUGCUGUCACGAAUACUUUGCAAAACAAAACGUGGGAGCCUCAUAGGAUUUACAAUCUAACGACUAUCAAAGACAAAGUUACACCAUUUCAAAUUCCAAUGUUUACAUCAAUUUUUUCCUGCAUGAAUGUAACGCCACUGAUUUAUUUGGAUUUACCAGGUGCGCCAGUAUCCUCCAAAGAAGUCGGUUUUGUGAAAGGUUUAAUAAACGGAUCCUAUGAUAUUGCUUUGGCUGGGCGUCCCGUGGGAGAUGAUUACAAUGUUUCAUAUAUGUUUCUAAUGAGGGAUGUAGGACUCGUGAUAUUGACUCAACAUCGUAAAUUUUUAACUCCGUUCGAAAAAAUUCGUCGCUAUUACAGCAUCGGUGUUAUAUUACUCUCUAGUCUCGUUCUUGCAAUGACAUCACUAUUGAUAACUAUUUAUUACAAACGAAAUUUUGUAGAGGCUUCUACAGAAGUUCUGAGAAUGGCUCUCAGCUCUAGUAUAAACAUACCGCUUAUCACUUUUCCAAUCAGAAUCUACUUUUUCGGCGUUUUAUUACUGAUAUUAAUUAUCAAUGCGACAUUCCAAGGACACAUAUCAUUAUUUCUAACAAAACCUGAACGUAUAACCGUUGAUAGUUUGGCCAUCUCACAUGAGUUAGGGUACAAAAUUUAUAUACCCCGUAUAUUUUUGAAAUCGUCUAUUUCUAUGAGACGUUAUAUAAGCGCUGAACCUAGUAUCGAUUGCUCACAGCGCGUUCUGAACGAUCCCAAUGUUGCUUGUAUUGGAUACUUCAAUCGUUUAUUAUCGGUCGCGAAUAAUAAUGACUCUUUACAUAUCUCACCGGUAAUAGAUAGUUUUUCGGGUCUACUUUUGAUUCGCGACGAUUGGCCGUUAAAAAGUAAAGGUGAUGACAUUCUACGAAAACACACAGAAUUCGGACUGUAUCAUUUUUGGGAUUAUCAAUUAAAUAUAGAUCCGUUACUAAAACUACAGUCGAAAGAAUUAUUAUUAACCGAAGCGCGUUAUCGUCCAAUUAAAUUUGAGGAUGUAGAUUUUGCUUUUAUAAUAUUUGGAAUCUGUCUGGUGCCUGCAGCAAUUGUUUUCAUUUUUGAGAUCUAUUAUGGAUAUUAUAUAUAUUGCGAUUAAUUUUCAACAUUUGUGUGACAUUGUCUGAUUUACUAUUUUUAACCUUUGAGUGCAGCACUAUAAAUUGUGUGUUUGUUCACACGAUACAUUAUGUACGCAUGCAACUAAAAUAAGCCAAGGUAACCUAGGAAGCGCAGACAAUUGGCGGGUAUAGAAAUGAAAACUGAAAUUUUGUUUUCAAAAAUAACUUGAAAUAGUAAUUUAUCAGUUAAUAUUCAUUUUCAAUAAGCUUCAGGUGCCUGAAAAUAAUUUUACCAGAGAUUUUUUUUUGUCUUAGAUGUGUGACAACCUUGUAUGAUUGUUCAUAAUAUUGAGUCAAAUAAAUAAAUACUAUCAAAUAAAAUGUGUCUCAUGCUUCAUACAAAAAUGAAUUCUAGGUAUUUGAAAUUGGUAUUCUCAUUUGUGCUUUU